AGUGUUCCUCCUGGCUCCGUGAGGCGUCUGACUUCGCCUAUCUCGUCUGGAGGCCACUGGUGCGAGCUCCCCGCCAGAAUGGCCGAGCCUGCAGAUGCCGUGCCCGCGCCGCCGCGGGCUCCCCCCCGGUCUCCGCCGCACGGGCGCGGGGAGCCCCAGCUGCUCUCACCCACGUUUUCCCUCCCAGGCAGCAGCAGGAACAAGAUUCAUGCGAACAGCGCCGCUGCAGCCAGAGACGCGGCCCUGGAUCCGUUCGUCGGCGCCGUGCGCGCGGCCGUGCGCGCGGAGCUGCAGGACUGCCUCGGCGGGCCCCUGCGAGAGGCGGUGCGGACGGAACUUACUGCGGCCCUGGAAGGUUGGCUCAGCCAUUCUGGUGGGACAGCGACCCUCGGACUGGACUCGUCCAGCAGGGUGGGGGGCCCUCCCGCUGGCGCUGGCGGAUGUGGUUCUGCUGCGCUCGCCCGGAGAGGGGCAGAGAUCCCCAGGGCGGAGGGCCGAGUUUCAAUCCAGCAUGAUGACGAAGGUUUCUUGCAGACAUCAGAUCCAGACAGGGCCGCUGAGUCGUCCAUUGAAGACACCCAAUCUCGGGAGGAACAUCCGAUUGAGGAACAUCCGAUUCACUUGCUUGUGCCUACCUCUCUGCGUCGGAUGGGGAGCUCGUUCGGGAGAAGUCUCUUUGACGCGAACGACGGAGGAGAUAACCACGAUGGCUUGCUCGCAAAAGUCAGCGAAAGAUCGAAAGCAUUGUCGGAGAGCCUGGGCCUCCGCACGCGGUGGCUGAAUGAGGAGCCGCCGCGCUCGGGGCGGCUCGCCAGCUUCGUGGAUGGCCCCGUGUUCAAGCUGUUUUUCGGGGCUGUGGUGCUCGUCAACAUCUGGUUCAUUAUCCAAGAUGCGAAUGUUAGGAUCAGAAGCCCAGCCGAUCACAGCAUGCCGGCUGCCAAUUCGGUGUUCUUGGUGCUCUACGUGCUCGAGGCAGUUCUCAAGCUCGCCGUGCACAGGCUCUGGUUUUUCAUCGGAGACGAUUGGAAGGUCAAUCUGCUCGACAUGACGGUGGUCAUCUCCGAUGGUGCCACUCUGGUGUUGGGCACUACGUUCACGCUACGCUUUCUCCCGCUCGUAAAGGUGGUUAAGCUGCUCGAGUUGAUGCACCACUCAACACACCUUCAAGCCUUCAUUGUUUGCAUCCAUGGCUCAUUUCGCAACUUCAUGUGGAGUGUGGUGAUGCUUUUCUCAGUGUACGGGGUAUUCUCACUUUUAUUUAUGCAGAUCAUCACCAGUCACAUCGACGCAAUAGGAGAAACUCUGGAUGAUACCACAUUUGGCGAGCAUUUCGGCUCGGUCGGAGGUUCAAUCACGACGCUUUUUAUGGCAACAACGGGUGGCGAGGACUGGGCUAUUGCGUACACGACGAUUAAGGAAACAGGUGCGAUUGGGAGUUUCUUAUUCUUAGCAUUCGUUGUGUUUGUGAAUUUGAAUCUGCUGAAUAUCAUCCUUGGCAUAUUUGUAGACUCGGCGAUGAAGGUUCUUUCACCAGAUCCAGUGAAGCUUGCCCACGAAUACAUUAGCCGGGAUCAAAAGUAUGCCAUGGAGCUCGUAGACCUCUGUCAAAAUUUGGACCCCGAAGGCUUGGGGAGGCUGACACACUUGACACAAGAGCAGUUCGAGUUGGGCUUAAGCCAGAAGCGUAUCCCACACUUGCUCGCUAUGCUGGAUUUGAAGAAGCACAACAUCAGAAGGAUAUUCAGCGCAAUGGCAGCACACGACGGGCAGGUUGAGAUCACUCAAUUUGUAGAAAUAUGCAUGCUGCUCAAGGGGGCCAGCACCACUUUCGAUUUGCAUCAGCUGCGUGUGAAUUGCGACAUUCGUCACUCAGAGAUCAGGAGAAAGCUCUCAAAGAUCAUCCAGAUGCUACUUGACAUCACUGCGACAGGUGGGCGUCAGUAUAGCCACUCCUCGCUGCCCGCGCCGUCUUCGGUCAGCCACCUGCGACCGUAGCGUGGUCAGAUUCUCGGACUGAUUGACUUCGGCAUGCCGCGCCCUUCUGGGUCGCGCUCGGCGCACUGUAGUCUCACCGCAUUUUGCGUUUCUGCCCUUGCCUCCCCCCCUCCCCCCUUCCGCUGCGGCUGCCUCUUUUGUGCAUGACUCGGGUGAGUCGGGCACGCAGCCUGAUACUUGCCGGCCUAUGCGUUCCUCCUCCCCCUCCUCCUCCUCCUCCUCCUCGCAGAGGAAACACGGAGGACAGCGGAAGAGACGGGAUCAUGCUAUCGUCAGCUUUUUGAUCUCACACAAACUGGUGGACGACACAAGGGCAUCCGACGACACCGGUUGCCGAUGGUCGCUACAGCUUGCUUGCGACACUUCUGCGUGGCACAGAUUGGAGGGACAAUUUAUCACGCAUGCGACGGCUUCUUUAUGAACAUCUCCGGCACCACGGUGUAAGGGCCCCGGCCUGCCCGCGCCGACCCUCAAGGGUCCCGCUCCGGCGGACUUGCGCGCUUCGCUUCGCUUCGCUUCGUUAUUGUCGUCACC